AUGUUUGAGUCAUUGGUUGCCAAUUUGUUGAACAGGUUCUUGGGAUCGUACAUAGAGAACUUCGAUCCCAAGCAAUUGAACAUCGGGAUUUGGAGUGGUGAUGUCAAAUUAAGCAAUCUUCGUUUGAAGAAGGAUUCCUUAGACAGAUUCAAUUUGCCAAUUAACGUCAAAUUCGGCCAUUUAGGCCAUUUGAUCCUCCAGAUUCCUUGGUCUAACUUGAAAGGAAAACCCGUCAAGAUUAUCAUCGAAGAUUUGUACUUGUUGGCAUCCCCAAUCAUUGCUGGUGAAUUUGAUUUAGAGGAAGAGAAACAAAAGGAGAUCAGAAUCAAAUUGGAAAAACUUGAUCACUUGUCGAUUCUCGAGAACGCCAACUUACAGAACCAAGAGAUCUCUUCCGAUAUCAACUCAAAUGAGUCGUUCACCGAGAGCUUGGUCACUAAAAUUGUUGAUAACUUGCAAGUGACCAUUAAAAAUAUCCACAUCAGAUACGAGGAUGAUCUGCUUUUGACUGAAGACCCUUACUCCGUUGGAUUGACCUUGAAGGAACUCUCGGCUGUUUCUGUUGAUGAUUCGUGGAUGCCAUCGUUUAUUUCCAUCACCCAAGCUUUAACAAGAAAGUUGUUGACCCUUCAAAAUUUAUCCUGUUACAUGAACACAGACAGCGACUCUAUCUACUCAGAAGACCCCAAUGCGUUGUUGAGUGCAUUUAAACAAUCUCUCAGUGGGAACAUUACAGAAGAAGAAUUGCAGUACAUCUUGAAACCUGUUAGUGGUAGAGGUAAAAUAAGUAUGAACAAGUUAGGUGCAACGGAAACUACUCCACAUAUCAAGGCUGAAUUGCUCUUCGAUGAGUUCGGAAUUGAUUUGGAUUCUCAGCAGUAUGAGGAUAUCUUGUGGACUCUUUCUAAGUUCCACUGGUAUAUCAAGACUCAUCGAUUCAGAAAGUAUAGACCAAAGGUGCCAGUAUCUGAGGACCCUAAGCAAUGGUUCAGAUACACCGCCAAAUCUAUAUUAAACGAAAUCCACGAAAAGAACUACAAAUGGAGUUGGGAAUACUUUGCUAAACGAAGAGAUCAGAGAAAAGCCUAUAUUAGCCUCUACAAGCAAAAGUUGUUGGAAAAACUCACCGAUAAGAAUGAUAUAAGUGAAUUGGAAGCUUUGGACCUCGAGUUGCCUUUCGAAGAUAUAAAGUUCUACCGGUCUCUUGCUAGAGGUGAGUUGAGAAAGGAGAAUGCCUUAAAUAAGGUAAAGCAAGCCCAAAUCGAAAAACAGAGUGAUCCACAGCAACAGCAAGCAGGAUGGUUUUCUGGUUGGUGGGGUGCUACUCCCACGGAGGAGUCUGAAAAACUGUCUGAAAAGGGUCAACUUGUUGACGAAAAUGACUUUCAGUUGAAUGACGACCAAAAGAAGGCCUUGUACGAUGCAAUUGACUACAACGAGAGUGAAAUCUCAAAUAUCAUUGAUUUACCAAGAGAUGCGGUCAAAGUUGAAAUAUUGACUACAUUGCUGAAAGGUGGUUUAUCUAUCAGGACAAAAAAGAAUGAACCUAACUUGGCAGAGAUUGUAUUUGAAGGUUGCAAGACUAGGAUUUUCCAAAGAUCAGAUUCUUUCUUAGCCAAUUUCGAGAUGCAAGAAUUUAGAAUCGAAGAUGGUACUGAACCAACUUUGUAUAAGCAUGUUGUGAGUGUGAAAGAGUAUGGUAACAAGGAUGCAAAGGAUACUACAUCACAUAGUCAGAGUGACCCAUUUUUCAGAGUAUCAUUUGAGAACAAUCCACUUGAUGGCUCUGCAGACUCAAAGUUGUUAGCGAAGCUUAAGUCUAUGACCAUAUUCUACAACCCCAAACUUAUUGAAGAGAUUGUGAAAUUCUUCCAACCCCCAAAGGUGCAUUUGGAUACGGUAGGUGCUAUUAUGAAUGCGGCAGAAGCUACAGUUGAAGGUCUUACAUCUCAAACAAGAAUUGGAUUGCAGUAUGCUCUAGAGGAGCACAAAACAAUCAAUGUGAAGUUGGAUUUGCAAGCUCCUUUGAUUAUCUUACCAUUAGAGCCUGACAACUGGAAAUCUCCUGUUGCUAUACUUGAUGCCGGUCACAUAAGUGUUGUUAGCAAGCUUGUGGAGAAGUCCAAGAUUGAAGAGUUCAAGGCCAAAACUACUUACAGUGAAGAAGACUGGAAGCAGUUGAAUACCUUGAUGUACGACACUUUUAUUCUCAAUCUUCAAGAUGCUCAGUUCCUUGUGGGACCAAAUAUUAAAGACACAAUGUCACAGUUACAUUUUGAAGACGCCAAAGACAGACACUCAUCGAUCUUGGACAAAUUGAAUAUUAAGUUACACCUUGGAAUAUCCAUCUUGCCAGAUGUCUACAAUUUGGCUAGAAUCAAGGUAGGUGGUGAGGUCCCAGCAAUAAAGCUUCAUCUUAAUGAUUUCCAGUACAAGGCUAUUAUGCAAAUCAUUGACAAAGCCAUUCCUGAUUUUGGAACCUCUGAACAUGAUGAUUCAAGUGUUUUCAAUGCGUUUUCAACAAUAGAAGAACCCCAGAUUGAGGAUUUAAGUGCAAGCAAAUUGGAAGAGAGUGAGGCUUUGGAUGCUCCUUCUGCUAAGAAGAACCAUUUAGUUGAAGCCGCAUCUGCACAGCAUAUGUUUGAGUUCAAUAUGAAAGUAGAUGAAGUAAAAGUAUCUUUAUCUAGGUGCAUCGAUGGUGUUACUUUAAGGGCUGAACCAUUUAUCGAUCUAGUUGGGGAUUCACUUAGCUUGGAUUUCUAUACAACAGCUGCAAACUUGCAUUUGGAUUUGGUCUUGAAAGACAUUAAUCUCUUCGAUCAUAUUGAGAGAUCUGGAAUCCCAGAGUUCGAGAGGUUGGUUUCGUCAAACAAUUUCGUCGAGCAUAAUGUUGAUAGGACAAAAGAAUUGUUUAAAUUGGACUACACUAGAAGUAAAAGGUUAGUGGAAUUCAAUAACAAGGAAAUUGAAGUCUUUGAUCAAGAUAUAAAAAUGGACAUAGCAACAGUCAAAUUCGUUAUUACCAGAAAGUCAAUUUUAAGUAUCUUAAAUUUUGUUCUAAAUACUUUCACCGAUCCAAAUGCUGAAGCUACUCCUGCUGAUGAAUUGAAGCAUAAUGAUUCAGAAAAUGAUGAUUUUGCUCCUCAGAAAAUCAAUGUUGAUAUCACCUUGGAUAGUAUCAUUGUUGUUCUUAAUGAGGAUAGUGUCAAGUUAGCGACUUUGCAAUUAAGCACAGCUGAAAUUGAAUUGUUGUUACUACCAGAAGCAAUGGAUAUAAAAGGAAGGCUUGGUGCAUUGAGCUUACAUGAUGACAUCAACCAAGGUUCUCCAAAUGAUUCAAUUUUGAGAAAGCUCUUCAGCAUUGAAGGUGAUAACCUUGCUGAAUUCACCUAUAAAACUUUUGACAAAGAAACCAACACCAAUACCUACAAUUCAGCUAUUGAGUUAAAGACAGGAUCUUCUAAAGUCUACUUCGUUGAGUCUUCGUUCAAACGAGUCUUCAAUUAUUUAAGUCAGUUCCAGAGGAUGAAGGAAAUUUAUGACAGCACAAGAGAAGCAGCAAUAAAUCAGGCUAACCAAAUCAAUGAUGCCAAUAGAAUAAAAUUUGAUUUCUCCAUUACUGCUCCAACGGUAGUGUUCCCUACGUUAGUUCACCAUUCGAAUGUUAAGUAUGAUAACUUGACGUUUGAAUUGGGUGAAUUAUAUGCAUCAAACAUAUUUGAAAAAAACUCCAAAACCGGUUCAAUCAAGAAUGUCAUUAAGGCUGGAUUGAGAAACAUCAAUAUGACAUCAGAGUUCAACUUUGUUAACGAAUUAACACAAUCAUUGGAACUUGUUGAAGGCUUUGACUUAUCGUUUGACAUUGAUUAUUGGGAAGAAUACAUUGAAGAUAUCCCCUCCAUUUUGAUCAAUGGAAGACUUCCAGAGGUUAAUUUGAAAUUGACUGAACUACAAUUGAAAUACUUGUUGAAUCUUUCUGGUGCUGUUUCAAAUGUAUUCCACACUUCUGAAAUUGAUAUGGAAGAUAUACAGGAAGAUGCUGAAAAUGCUAAUGCUGUGAUUAAGCACAAUAUAGAGGUUUUGGAGAAGGUAACCGAAACCAAAAGCGAGUUCUCUUCAUCUAAUGAAGCUCGGACAGUUUCCAACCCUAAGCAUCCAAAACUUGUGUUCAAUUUUGAUAUUCCCAAGUUUGCCUUGACUGUUUAUAACAACACAAGUGGAAUUGAAGCUAUUGAUGACAAGAUGUUGAGCUCAUUUGUAUUAAGCAGCUUAAAGACACAGUUUAAGAUGACGGAUGACACUCACUUCGAAUCGAGUAUCUCUGUUAAAUCUUUUGUGGUAGAAGAUGUUAGAGCAGAAAAUGAUAGUUGUUUCACUGAAAUAAUACCGCUGAUUAAAGGUGACAGAGACCAAUUCAUAGCGUCAAUUAUUUCUGAAGGUAAUCCUGAAAAGAAGAAUGUUACUGUGAUGUUAACCGUUGAUAAUCCUAAGGUUAUUUUAUCGCUUGACUACUUGUUCGAGUUGCAAGGAUUCAUUGACAAAGUAUUUGAAAAACCUCAAACUAUAUCUGGUUUGGUUGAUGAUAUUUCAGAUGAUUCAGAGUCCGAGUCUAGCUCAGCGGAAGAGAAUACCAACGCAUUGAGAAUUGGACAGUCUGACUCCUCGCCACUGACGGAAGGUAUAUCUAUAGGGUUUUCCAUCAAUGUUAGAGAACCCUCGGUGAUGUUGCUAGCUGAUCCUAAGAAAGCUAAUACUGAAGCUAUCAUUUUCAAGAUUGAACAAAUCUUGAUAACGAGUCAAAAUGUUCUUUCUUUGGCUGCCGACAGCGUUGGAUUAUUCUUGUGCACAAUGGAUAAUUUCAACGAUCACAGACUCAGAAUAAUCGAUGAUUUCUCCGUUUCUUUUGCUCAUGAUUCCAGAGGUUCCAACGAAACUUCCUUCCUUACAAAUAUCCAAGCUUCUGUUGAUCCUUUACUUGUUCGUCUUUCUUUACGAGAUAUCAAAUUAGCGUUAAGGAUUUUUAGCAAAGCUUCUGAAUUAUACUCCAAAGCCCAAGGCAAAGGCCAAGAAAAUGAGCCUGAGACCAUUUCUGAUAAUUUCAAGAGGAGGUUAUCUCAAUAUGCCCCUUCGUUUACUUCAACAUUAUCGGGAACAAAACGAAAAAAAGUUUUGGAUUCAAACCUUGAUUCGAAAGUAUUGAUAAAGGGUGAAGAACUCAACAUCAGUUUGGGAAGCAUGAGGUUUGUUCUUAUUGGUGAUGUUCAUGAGCUUCCUGUUCUCGACAUGAAUAUCAAGCCGUUUGAUAUUAAGGCAAUAAAUUGGUCUACGGAUCUCAGUGCUGAGACCCAUAUCGAAUCGUUUGUUAACAUUUACAAUUACUCCAGAUCGACAUGGGAACCAUUAAUCGAGCCUUGGCCAAUCUCAGUAUACGCUACGAAAGGUGGAGAGUCGCAACCAGCUGUAAUAGUAGAUGUGGUUUCGAGACAAUUGGCUGAGAUCACGAUCACCUCAAGAUCGGUUGCCUUGCUUUCUCAGAUCUUUUCGUUAGUUGGUGAGGAUGUUGAAUUAAAAUCCAGAGAAGAAGCGAGUCCAUAUAAAAUUGUCAAUCAAACCGGAUAUGAUCUUGAGAUCUGGAAUGAUCAACAGGAAUCUGAGAGAAAGAAUUGUACUACUAUUAAGAACAAUGAAUCGACUCGUUGGGCUUUUGAGGAUUGGAGAGAAAUCCGUGAAAACCUAGAUACCAAUAACAAGAGAGGUAUUCUUGGUGUGAAGCUAAUUGGCUCUAAAUAUGAAGAAAUUAGAGGAAUUUCAGCGACUGGAGAAGGAGAAGAGAUUAUCAUGAUGAAACCCCCUAUAAACGGAGUUCAUAACCGGUUUAUUUUUGAUAUCACUUUGGGCCAGGAUAAUGUUAAGACCAUUUGGUUGAGGUCCGCUGUGACUGUUCAAAAUGAUGCAGAUGUCAGCGUUGCAAUCAAAAUUAUCAACGAAGUAGAUUCCCCUGAAAUUGAAGACGUCAUCAUCAAGCCUGGAGAUGUUAAAUCUUUGCCUAUUGACUAUGUCUAUUCUAGUGUUUUCAAAGUUAAACCAGCUAUCACCACCAAAUACGAAUGGUCUACUGAAGAGCUCUAUUGGAAAGAUCUACUUUAUGGAGGUAGUGCCAUCACCUGUAAUUCUUCGGAUCUAAAUGAUGAGACUUCGUACUACUUCCAAACCGAAGCUUCGUAUGAUCAGGAUGAACCUCUUGCAAGGAUAUAUCCGCACAUGAAUUUGGUUAUUUCAGCUCCUGUUAAAGUGGUGAACUUGCUACCAUUUGACAUGAACUACAGAUUAUAUGACAAGGGAAGCAGAAAGGAUUGGAGUGGAUCAAUUAAAAAAGGUGCUACCGACUUUAUUCACGUUGCAAGUUUGAGAAGUCUUCUAUUAUUGAGUGUAGAGCCUAAAGACUUUGGUUUCAAAAAAUCAGACUUUGCUAUCAUCAAUUGUUCAAAGAAUAGUGAGUUCAAGAGAGAAACCACUAUGACUUUGAAACACGAAUCGGGUCAAAUGUUGAAACUCAUGAUUUAUUACCCAAGAAAAGUUGAAGGCCGGACAGGACUCAGAAUUGUUAUCUAUUCCCCUUAUGUCAUUCUCAACAGAACUGGUCAAAAUGUCAUAAUCAGUGAAAAGUCUAACAAGUUAGGUAUCAACGGCAAUUCUUCUUUAGAGAAUGUUACCCCAAAAAUGUUCUCUUUUAACAAUACUAAUGUGAGAAGCAAUAGGGCUUUAAUGAAGGUCGGUGAUAGUCAAUGGUCCGUACCAUUAAGUUUCGAUGCAAUUGGUCAGUCCACAGAAUGCAAGAUGCAAGUCAGUGGCAAACAAACCGAAAUGAAUGUGGCAAUAACAACUCUGGAGGGAGAAGGUAUUUAUAACCUUACCAAAGUUAUCUCUAUUGUUCCUAGAUUCAUUCUCAAGAAUGCCUUGAAAGAAAGUAUCCAAAUUGUUGAAAAUGGAUCUACAGAAGUUACGACUGUUGAACCCAAUGAAUUGAUCCCUUUGUACGGCUUGCGCCGGAAUCUAAAUAAGAGUUUGAUGACGAAGUUCAGUCAUGGUUGCAAAUCUUGGUCAUCACCCUUUGCAAUUGGUGAUGUUGGUCAAAUCUUCCUCAAAGUCUUUAAAGAAAAUGUCGGGCAGAUGUUGCUCAAGGUAAACAUCCUUACAGAAAAUGGCACUAUAUUUAUCCAGAUUGAAGAUGCCCAAAACAACUGGCCCUUUGCCAUUCGUAACUUUAGUGAAUCCGAGUUUAUUGUUUACCAAGGUAACCCUAAUGUAAAUGAGAAUGGUGAAAUUGUCAAAACAGAUGUUGACUAUAAGCCAAUUUAUUAUAGGGUUCCUCCAAGGAGUAUCAUGCCAUAUGCUUACGAUUAUCCUAAAGCUGUUAUUAAGGAGUUGAUUUUAAGAUCUCACGGCCGUGAGAGACCCAUCAAUUUGUCGGAAAUUGGUAACUUGAAACCCUUCAGACUUCCACCUACCCAGACUGAGGAUCAAAAGAUUGUUGAUUUGAACGUUAUUGCAGAUGGGCCCACCCAAUCUUUGGUUAUUUCAAAUUAUGAUCCUUCUUUGAGUAUGUACAAAUUGCAAAGAAAUCAAACCAGUUCAAGCUCUGUCAACGGAUCACAACAGAAUUUUGAAGCCAAUCAAGAGGAUGAGAACUAUAACACUAGAAUAAUAACCAGGUUUGAAGGGUUUGGUAUUUCUUUGAUUAAUACCAAGUACAACGAGUUGUUGUAUAUGACAUUAAGAGGCUUGGAAAUCAGGUAUAAUGAUUCAGAUUACUAUCAAAACUUGAGUGUGAAAUUAAAAUGGAUCCAAAUCGAUAAUCAGUUGUACGGAGGAAUAUUUCCAAUUGUCAUAUAUCCUACGAUGAUCCCAAAGUCAGGAAAAGAGAUGAAUAAUCAUCCCUCCUUUUCAGCUUCGGUUUGCAAAGUGAAAGACGAUUCCCAUGGCGUGAUUUUCAUCAAAUAUGCUACCAUCUUGCUUCAAGAAAUGUCCAUUGAAAUUGAUGAGGACUUUUUGUUUGCAUUAUUGGACUUUGCAAAGAUCCCUGGAGCUAGUUGGAACAAAGCAUUAGAAGACAAGCUUUGUGAUGAUACUAUUGAAUUACCAGAACCCAAGUUGUUAUCCGAGAGCAGUGAUUUCUACUUUGAGGCAUUACAUUUGCAACCAACUUUGACCAACUUGUCGUUUGUGAGAACGGAAAGAGUCAAUGCUGAGGAUAAAGUUAGCAACUCACUGAAUACCCUAAUGUUUUUCUUCAACGUACUCACCAUGGCUAUUGGAAAUGUGAAUGAAGCACCUAUCAAGUUGAAUGCCUUGUUUAUGGAAAAUGUCAGAGUUCCACUUCCAAUUUUGAUGGAAUCGAUCCAAACUCAUUAUGGACAGUCUUUCAUAUAUCAACUUCACAAGAUUUUGGGAUCGGCUGAUGUUUUGGGUGACCCAGUUGGUUUGUUCAAUAACUUGGCCUCAGGUGUUCUUGACAUCUUUUAUGAACCUUAUCAAGGUUUCAUAAUCAAUGAUCGCCCACAAGAAUUGGGUAUUGGUAUUGCCAAAGGUGGGUUGAGUUUCUUGAAAAAGUCCAUCUUCGGGUUUUCGAAUUCGGUAGCUAAAUUCACAGGAUCGAUGGCCAAAGGCUUGUCUUUGGUAACGAUGGAUGAGAGAUUCCAAGAGCGUCGUCGUCUCAAUCAACGUCGUAACAAGCCUAAACAUGCGCUUUAUGGUUUUGCAUCGGGUGCAAAUUCGUUCUUCGAGUCUGUAUCUUCUGGUGUGACCGGUAUAGCAACGGCUCCAAUCGAAGGGGCAAAUAGUGAAGGUGCAUUGGGAUUUUUCAAGGGAUUUGGAAAAGGAAUAGUUGGACUUCCAACCAAAACUGCAAUUGGUAUCUUUGAUCUUGCUUCAAAUGUCAGUGAAGGGAUUCGGAGUACCACUACAGUUUUUGAUGCUGAUGGGUUGGAUAAAGUCAGAUUGCCUCGUCAAAUUGGCUACGAUCAUGUUAUCAAGCCCUAUUCAGCAAGAGAAGCCCAAGGCCAGUUCUGGCUCAAAUCCAUUGAUGGAGGAGUAUACCUCCAUGAGAACUAUUUGGCCCACUUGGUGUUACCUGGAGAAAACAAGACCCUUAUUGUCACUUUCAAAAAACUCAUACUAUAUGAGAUCAAUGUCAACAAAGUCAGGUGGAUCGUUUCGUUUGAUCAAAUCAAAUCGAUUUCGAUGGAGUCUACCGGUAUCGUUAUUGGAUUAAAAAAGAGUGAGGGACCAUUCAUUCCUAUUCCCGAAAAGUCUUCAAGAGCUUUCUUAUACAAUCGAAUCGGUAUAGCUGUUGAAGACUACAAUAAACACUGCCAAGUGGUGUUAUAGUGUUUAGUAAAAUAUAUGAAAUAUAUGUACAUGAUUCUACUACUUAUGCUACGACCGUGAACUGGAAAUCGGCUUUAUUGGUUCUUUUUGGGAAUCUUUUGUAAAAUGAAUUUGCAUCUUCUGCUUUACAACACUCGAAUGUCAAAGAUCCAAUUGAUAAGGCACCAUCACCGGUACCGGCAGUGAUUGUGUUGGUAGCUCUGUCCAACGAAAAGACUCCUAGUUCAGCAUAGACACCAUUGUCUAUUUCUUUGAGAUCUUCAAGAAUAACCCGUUUAUACACGGGAGAUUUCAGGUUCAACUUCUUCAGCGGAUUACAACGUACGUAGGUGUGUAGGGGUCCCAACGCAUCACCAAGGCGCCUGAUCUGUCGUGAUGUUUGGUCCCAUUUGACCUGAGCCAUCGAAGUAUUGAUUUUGAAUGCAGUUGAAUACUUUGUCUGAGGCACCAAUGGUUUUGUUUCGCGGUAAAGACCUUGAUUUAGCACCUGUGUGAGGGCUUCUCCACCAAUGUCCCCCAAUUUCGACUCCAAAGAUGUAUAGUUAUCAGUGUCUUGUAUUUCCACCGGCUGCGACUGCAAAAGAAUAUCACCUCUGUCAAAUUUGGUGGGAUGAAGGGUUUGUACGCUGACACCAGUAAAUUUGUCAUCAUUAAUCAAGGCAUAGUGAAUGGGCGAAGACCCGGAGUACUUUGGCAAAAGUGACGGGUGAACAUUCAAUCCUCCAAACUGCAUCGCACUGAUGAAGUGUGAUGGAAUCAACUGGCCAUAUGACACCGCCACCGCAAGAUUGAAACGAAACUGGUCCAAAAGUCGGUUGAUUUCGGAUGGAGAGUCUGCGCGAAGUACGGAUACGCCAUUCAGGGCGGCAAAUAGUCCCACUGGUAAGUCUUCGUAUGUGACAAGCUUGCGGCCCUUAGGUUUUAUCAGACGUGUUAUCACGUGCACGGACUCUAUUAACGGCGUGUGAGCCUUGAGGCGAAGAACAUGAUCUAAGGCUGCCACGCUGAACCGAUCGCUGCCAAAGAAAGCUAUUUGGAGGGGUUUUAUCACCAUUGCCGUAUAAUCAUUCGGGUGUUUCAAUGGUCGCAAGGCGCC